ACAAACAAAACCGAAGAACCGAUGUCAUCUUUUGCACGAUUUUCGAGAUUUUUCUGAAAACAUGAAGAUGGAUUUUACAUGACAACACUGGAGAAGAUUAAGAGAAGUUAAGGCAUCAAGAUGAUGCAUUUACAGUUCCCCAAGAGUAGGAACUUCUACACUUGGGAAGAGCUAAGCUGUUUGUCCAGAGCUCUUGGGUUUCCGAGUGAAACUAUCAGGAACUGCAUUCCUGAUGAGGUUACAAACGCAGAAGAUGGAAUCAGCAUCAAGGCAAUUCUGCGGCUGAUCGAGCUGAAGUAUUUCAACGAUGCCUUGGAUCGAUCGAUCAACAUGCACACCGCUGACUACAACAUUAACACCCUCAUGCAAAGUCUCAAGUUAUUAAAUCACAGACUACUGAGUUUCUCUGAACUGAACGAUGUCCGCGUGGCAUUUCAAGUCUAUGAAGCAGGUGAUAUGAGAGGAAUGAAGAUCGACACUCACACACAGCUAAGAGCUCUCAAGCUCUGCGAUCGUACCAUUGCUCCAAUGAAGCUUAUGCACCGAGUGAAACAUAUGCAGGAAAACUUUGAUGAGCCGGGACGGAUUCAGCUCUAUGAGUUUCUAGAUCUCAUCGUAUUGUGUGAACUAACCAGUGAUGUUGAACUUCCUGAUCAUAAGCAUGGAGCACUGGACAAAACCUGGCGACGACUCUUCGAGCUUGAUAAUUUCGAGGAGGUGUGCAUCACUAAGGAUGAGAAAGUUGAGCAGCAUCUUAAUCAGCAUUUCAAGAAUACGGAGCUCAACUACGGCCAGGAGAAGAUGGCGAGUAAGCGCAUCCCGCGAGAGUCUGCCGUAAAUACCUCACGGAGACAGGAUCAGGUACGCCAUCACAACAAGAAGUAUCGAGAGCUACAGGGUUUCAUGGGGCAAUCAACGGCCCAGGUACAACGCACCAAGGCGGGGCACAUACGGGGAAGGCCAGUCACUGCCCCUGAAAUGGAUGAUUUUCGUCUCCCCGUCGACUCACCGCUUCAUUCUAUUCUACAGCGCCCUCAUACUGUCUCCGAUCUAACAUCACGCUUGACCGCCACACCACAAGCUCACUGCCGACCCCAAUCAGCACCUCACUCAGCACAGGGUCAACUGUCCAGCCGGUCCCACACCAGCAAGUAUUUCAGCCAGCCAGAAAGCACAAUGCCCGAAGAUCCCAGGAUUCGACUUCUCCAGGCGCUUCAUGAAAGAAAAACACUGUUUUCAAGCCCUCCUCUUCUCUCACCCCCUCGGAGUGCCCCUGGGGAGCAGGGCGUGGCAUCUCAGCGCCCUUGGAGGAAGAUGGUGAACACCUACAUCCGUCCACAAACACCAAAUGUCAUCACGGAGAAAGAUGUUACAGACAGGCAGCAUGUACUGGAUGGCCUACAGUACCAAAUUGAAACAUUGGAGGAGCGAGCAUUGCAGAAGUUGGAGCAACAGAUGAAGUUGCAUCUACCUCGCUACGACCGCCAGAAACGAGAAAUGGCGAUAGAAAGAAAAAACAGAACGCCAACUCCAACACAGCCAAAGAAGAAAUCCAAAAAGAAGAAGUCAAAAGGGUUGCCCCCCGCUUCCAUCGAAAGACUCGCCCACCCGGUUGUCCGCCAAUUCCAUGAUCUCCACGACAAGAACUGCGACGCCCGGACCCAAGAGUACGACGUCCCCAAGAGUAGCAGACGGCCCAAAGAACCAAAAAGCGAAGAGAAGGGUUCGGACAAAAUCCCUCAUCUCAAGCCCCAGUUGAUGUUGGAUGGUCGAAGGAUGAGCGCCUCAAGUACGAUGAGUAGUAUCGCCGACUCCAGCAUUGCCAAGACGAUUGACCUCGCCAGCCACUCUUUACUCCUUAACUCGGCGAUGUCGCAGAAGACGCCGGUCGUGUCGGUGCCACAUGUUUACGACCCUGAGAGGUUUUCUGAUUCACGUGUAGGCUCGGCAGCGCUUCUCCACGACUUCUUCAAUGAUGUUAAAACGGACAAUGGUAGCGAUGGCACGUCAACCAAGCACUCUGAGAACCCAGCUGAUGUUGUGGGUCAAAAUUCAAGGGUAAGUGAGACAGCGUUGUCGCAACCGAAAGUCUCUUCUUCGUUGGAGGGGAGUAAACGAAGUCCCGUCCGACCGACCAAGAAGAAAAUGGCCUCAGACCCUCGUCUGUCUCGCUGGGAGAAGGCGAGGGUCAACCGGAAGAUCAGCACUCUGGAGGAGGAAGAGUUGAAGAUUAACGGGAUCUCGCUGAGCGAGAUCGACAGGCUGACGUUCAAGGAAGAAGAAGAGCAGUUGAAGGACUUUAGAGACCUGAAAAAGAUCAGCCAAGACUUCUACUUCCAUUGAAGGGAGGUCCAAUAUCCUUAGAGCGUCAGACAGUGUUUGCGGGAAAAAAAAAGAAGGUAAUGGUAGACCCAGUACCUGGGGAACUGUACUCCUUCUAAACAAAUUUUUGGGUUUCUUCGGUCGUACUAGCUAGUACAACCGUACUAGCUAGUACAACCAAAGAUAACUCACUGUAGGUUGUCAGUUUCUGUUACAAAAUUGUGUCCAAUUGUGUAUUAAAUACAGAGUUUUGUUAUUGUAAUAUUCAUGUUUACAAUACCUCUAAAAGUGGACCAAUUUCUUUUUUUAAUUUCAACAUUUCUAAAUGAAAGCCACAAAAUGUAAUUUGUUAAAACUGUUCACAUAUUUAAGCCUGUUUUUUUCUGUUCGACUUUAUGCACGUGGAUUCCAUCUAGCUGUAGGUAGAUAUAUUUUUGCAGGCCUGUACAUGUUUAUACAUGGGAGGUCACAGUGGCCGUGUCCUCUGUUGCCCUGGUCUUGGCCUUGGUGCCCCACAGACUUUUCAAAUAGAAGAGGCCCUUCACAAAAGACUUGCCCUCUCAAAGAUGAAAUUCCAGGCAUGUUUUUGUUAUGUUGCUUUCUUUUCUUUGUAGCUUGCAGUGAAGUGUGUAGUGUUUUAUUUAUUUAGGUUUAGAUGUUUAUUAGCACAGCUGCUUUUCCCUUUUCAAAACAUUGAAAUGUUUGUAUAUUCCCACCCUGAGUUUAAAAGAUUUUAAUUUGUUUUCGUCUUAUAAGUGUUUGGUGUCCUGCUGAAAUCUUUGUGUUUUUUAGUUUUUUCCUCGUUUUUUUUUUCAAACUUGAAAAUAUAUGGUUUAAACUAUUAAAAAUAGUUUAUAAUUAUUUCUUUUGUAUGAAAUGUUGUUUUAAAACGUUCUUGCCUGUGUCAAAUUGCUAAGCUUUCGUGUGUUUGCUUUUCUUGUAAGAAAUAACGGUCAAACGACCGGUUAAUUUUGUUUUAUGUCACUUUUCUUUUUGCUGUUGUAUGUUCAAGCUAUUAAUGUAACUAGGCAUUAGUGAAAAAGAUUAUGUCUAUGGCAUAACAGACUUAUUAUUUAUGAAAAAAAAAAAAAUGAAAACUUGGAUCGGGCGAGUUAGUCAAGAAAAGCAUUUGAAACCAGUUGUUAUAAAAUGCAUAUGGAAAGAUGUUUUAAAAUGAUAAUGUAUAAUGAUCCACUCAAAUAUGCUUUGAAACCGUGUGGUUUUCCUUUUACUUUGUGAACUAACCA